AGGCCCGCGGCCGCCGCCGCCGCCAUUUCGGGCACUGCUGUGAGGCUGAGACCGGAGCCGGUCCGCUGGGCGGCGGGCGCCGGGGCAGGAGGGGCGCGCGCGGCGGCGGCGGCCCAGCGUGUAGGCGCGGAGGCGGCCAUGGCGGGCAACUUCGACUCGGAGGAGCGGAGUAGCUGGUACUGGGGGCGGUUGAGCCGGCAGGAGGCGGUGGCGCUGUUGCAGGGCCAGCGGCACGGGGUGUUUCUGGUGCGGGACUCGAGCACCAGCCCCGGGGACUAUGUGCUCAGCGUCUCCGAGAACUCGCGCGUCUCCCACUACAUCAUCAACAGCAGCGGCCCGCGCCCGUCUGUGCCACCGUCGCCCGCCCAGCCUCCGCCCGGGGUGAGCCCCUCCAGACUCCGAAUAGGAGAUCAAGAGUUUGAUUCAUUGCCUGCUUUACUGGAAUUCUACAAAAUACAUUAUUUGGACACUACAACAUUGAUAGAACCAGUUUCCAGAUCCAGGCAGGGUAGUGGAGUGAUUCUCAGGCAGGAGGAGGCAGAAUAUGUGCGAGCCCUCUUUGACUUUAAUGGGAAUGAUGAAGAAGAUCUUCCCUUUAAGAAAGGAGACAUCCUGAGAAUCCGGGAUAAGCCUGAAGAGCAGUGGUGGAAUGCAGAGGACAGCGAAGGCAAGAGGGGGAUGAUUCCAGUCCCUUACGUCGAGAAGUAUAGACCUGCCUCCGCCUCAGUAUCGGCUCUGAUUGGAGGUAACCAGGAGGGUUCCCACCCACAGCCACUGGGUGGGCCGGAGCCUGGGCCCUAUGCCCAACCCAGCGUCAACACUCCGCUCCCUAACCUCCAGAAUGGGCCCAUUUAUGCCAGGGUAAUCCAGAAGCGAGUCCCUAAUGCCUACGACAAGACAGCCUUGGCUUUGGAGGUCGGUGAGCUGGUAAAGGUUACGAAGAUUAAUGUGAGUGGUCAGUGGGAAGGGGAGUGUAAUGGCAAACGAGGUCACUUCCCAUUCACACAUGUCCGUCUGCUGGAUCAACAGAAUCCUGAUGAGGACUUCAGCUGAGUAUAGCUCAACUAACAGUUUUGCUGACAGAUGGGAACAAUCUUUUUUUUUUUUCCCCCGAUUGUCAUCUAUACAGUUUUCUUACAGAUGUCAAAGCAGUCUAGUUUAUAUAAGCAUUCUCUUACCUGUGAUCUUUUUAGACUGAAUUACAUCUCUAGUCUCAUUUACCAUAUUCAGGGUACGAAACUGGAGGGCUCGUGUGUUAACUUCUGAAUUGGCAAUUUUAGGUGGUAACAGCCAUGCCUGAGUGUAUCAGAAGGGAUGGAUAUUUUGCCUGCUUUCCCUCUGGUAGUGCAAAUCAACCUGUGGAAAACUGAUGGACAGGAGAGGAAUAUUGCACGCUGCUUACCCUGAUUUAUUCAAUGGUUUUGUUUUCAUUUUGAAACGAUGCUAUCAAAUGGCAAUAGACUGUUCCCUUCCACCCCCAUGAAGUAAUCUUGCACCGUGUGAAUAGUAAGUACCCAGUGGGAUUGCUUUUUCAUUUAUAGAACAUGACCACUGUAUGACUCAUUCUGACAGUUCAAAUCCUGAGAUUUCUGAGGACACUACUAGAGGCAUUUGUCUUCCUUUCUAGUCAAUGCUUCAUACUUUCUCUUGGGAUUCUUUAAAUCCUUGUCAUUCUUUUCCCCCAAACCUACAAAUAGGUUCAUUCUCAAGAAAAGUGUUUCUUUUCAUUCCAGAUGACAAGCAGGAUGUGCAGAGCACUUUAUUCAGUGCAUAGCUUUAAGCCAGUAUUGGAUUCACUGAGUGGACACCCAAACUCCCAGCUUUCUGCCUUCCCUCAAGGGGUCAUAGUAGGUUCACACUGCUACCACAGCUAAAUAGACUCCUGGCUAAUGGGAUCCAGCAGGGCCAUUUCUCCUGAGUGCCAGUAUCCUAUUAGGGGACUCUUUGAAAUUCUUAGCUUCUACUUGCUUAGAGUGGAAGGACCAAUCACUUAGACUAUUCCAUAGAUGGUUGUAGGGCCAAAUUCUGCCCUUUGCUUUAUAUGCAACUUGUAUAAAAGUCAAGUUAAAAUUACAUGAGUUUGGGGUAGGGUUAGCGCUUUGAAAAACAUUUGAACCAAUCAUGAAUUACUUAUGUAUUAUUCAUUUUACAUGGCCAGAAUAGUGCUUGAAGUGCAUUACAUUAUCAACUGCCUUCAUUUUUGGCUCUUUUUCUUUAUGUUCCAGUUUAGUUUACAAAUCCUUUUAAGUAUGGAAUGGUUUAUAUGGGGUCAGGUGCUCCAAAGAAUAGACUUCUGAGACCAAAAAUGACCUAGGCUAUUUAGACUACAAUAUGAAACCUUCAAAGUUAGUUCCCAGUCUAGGAAGGCACUUACUGGUCUAUGGUGUGAUAUGACCCAUAGAAACACCUUAUAUUUUGCUUUGGGCCUCAUUUUAGAAAAGUAAUGUAUCUUUCUAAUUGUUUUUACAUAGGUUAAUGAUUAAUAUGCAUUCUUUGAACAUAUACCAAAUCAUGGUAUCCCAGUGACUAGCACAAUACCUGGCAUAGUCGGUGUGCAGAUGUUUGUGUGAGUGAAUGAGGGGUAUGCAGAAGCUCUUUAUAUGGCACAGGGAAGCCAGCUGACACAGGAUUACAUACCACAAGCAAACUAAUGAGUUGACGCUAAUGUAUUUUUACCUCACACUAAGGUAAUGCUUGAUAAAGACAUUAAUAUUCAACUUUUAAAAGUUAGCACAGUGCAAUGCACAUAGUGGGUGCUCAAUAAUGUUAAAUGAACAGAUUUGCAAUACUAGACUUAAUUCCAUCUCACUACUCUUAAAUUUUCAGUUAGAGCAUAGAUACUGUAAAAUCCAAAUCCAAAUACACAUUAAAAUCUUGUUUUCCUGAAAGUAUGACAUCUAAAAUACUUGUAGAAAAACCUUGUCAUAAACUGAUUUGAAUGUUUGUAUUUUCUUUUGCCUUUGACUUUGAUAUUGGCUUGUAAUGUCUCUUUUUGUUAUGUAAUAUUAGUGGAACAUUCAACUCUACCCAAAUCAUAAGAAUUUUUCAAUGAUCAGUUGUCUGAAGCCAUUAUAUGAACUGUUAGGUUGGAUUUGGCUGGGUGUGAUAGUUGUUGGACCUUAAAUCAAAGGACUCCUAGGAAGUAUCUUCCAAAAGCAAAUGCUAGAAUCCGAUUCCAGUGCAUAUGUACAUUGUCACAGAGCAAAGUAAACUGUAAUUGGCUGCUAUAUUUUAUAAUCAUUUCUGCAAAAGCCCAGUUUUUGGAUACUAAUAUUUGACAUGGUUAAUUCUUAUUAAUGUGUUGGAAUUGUUUAUUGUUAAUAAUGCAAAUAGAUAAUUUUUAAUUAUCCUUAAGUAACAUUUCACUAUUAAUGGUUUGAAAUGGGUGGUAAGCAAACCAGUUUGAAAUAAAAUAUGAACAUGUGCCAUUGUAUUAUAACACUAUACACUUUCUUGACAGUUAAAUUUAAAAAAAAUGUUUUUUUGUAGCAUGUAUUGUAUAUGUUUAUAGUAUAUGUAGUAAAUAAAAAUAUGGCCAAAUGUUUGGCUUGGUGAUCUUUUGAAGAAAGUAAUCUUUGAAUAUUUUUCACAAAAGAGCUAAAUCUUUUAUGCUUAGGGAGUAAGAGGUGUGUUCAUUCAACAGCCUACAAUCAAUCAUAUAAUCAGAUAAAGAAGCAAUUAUACAUAAUCUGUAGGUACUCAUUAAAGAUGAGGUUGAUCGUUGGUGAUAUUUUGAAGGGUCUCCAGAAAUCAUGAAAUAAAUUGAUUUGAGACAAAUGUAAGAGUGAUUAUGUAAUGAUCAGAAAGCUGGAAUAAUGUGGACAGAGAACAUCAGAUUUGUCCAGAAAUGGUUAUAUGUGGGUGUAAAGAAAAUAAGGAUAUGGUAGGGGGCUUUAUAAAGCAAAUGAGAAAUUUAGAUGUUAUAUAAUGGGUUUUUAGAAUGUUAGUGUAGAUAAUAGUAUAAUUUCUCCUUUUUUAUGUAAGUAGCACAUUUUCAGAAUAGAUAAUUUAGUAAAUAAAGAAAAGGUCAAACAUUAUGUUCUUUCCAUCGUUUCUCAAAGCAUGUGUGUAUGUAGAGACACAGUGUGACACUAUGUAUACCUAAAGGGUUGACAUUAUACUCUAGUUUUGUGUCCUACCGGUGGUGAAGUUUUAAAAUGAGAAGGACAGGGGAGCCUGGCUGGCUCAGUCAAACCAUGCAAUUCUUGACCUUGGGGUCUUGAGUUCAAGCCCCACACUGGGCGUAGGUAUUACUUUUUAAAAAAAUGAAAUGAAAAGGACAAGCUUUGCCAGUUACUUAUACAGUAUUCUGCCUUGGCCCCAAAAUAAAACAUCUCAUUACUGCUGUAGACAUAGCAGAUUGUCAACCCAGAGUUAAAUAAAGGAAUCUCCUCCAAAGGGAGCCAACUUUGGCAUACACAAGCUUAACAGCAAGGUGAUUUAAGUAUGUUUCAACUUUUUAUCGAUAAAAAUAAAGUGUUAAAAUCUUGUUUUAAUAUGUUGAGUGUUGGGGUUCCUUCACAUAACCUUGAGUGCUCAUACCGACUCCUGUAUUUA